AUGUACAGCUUACUUCUCAUCAUCACUCUCCAUUUCCUCCUCAUCUACUAUAUUAUCAUACCGAUUAUCAACUACUUCCGUGACCCUAAGGGUCUCCGAAAGUACCCUAACCUGACCGUUGUGUCCGGCAUCUCUGACCUCCCACUCGUUUACUACUCCCACAAAGGCAUCCGCUCGCAGGUCCUCUUCGAAGCACACAAAAAGCACCCGGUCCUCCGAAUUGGGCCCAAUAAACUCUCCUACGCAGACCCUGUUGCCAUCAAAGACAUUUACGGACACGGGACGAAGUGUACCAAAGAUGUCUUCUACUCAGCACUAUCUGGCUCACACUACCACCUCGCAGAUGUAGUGGACAAAGAAGAGCAUGCUCGAAAGCGCAAAGUUCUCUCCAGCGCCUACGCCAUCAAGAACCUUGAAGAUUGGGAAUACAAGGUGGCCGAUAUGACGCAACGCAUCAUCACAGCGUUUGAUGAGAGAUGCACCAGUCCAUUGCCCAAAGGCCAAAAUCCAGACCCCAAGGACCUUACAAUCGAUUAUCGCAUGUGGGCGAAUCUGUACACCAUUGCCGCCAUUGCUAAUAUCGGACUUAGCGAGGAUCUCCGAUUCCUAGAUCAAGGCAAUGAUAUUAUCGCGUCGGAAGCAAAGGACGGGACUGUGAAAAAGGUCCACUUUCGGGAUUGUCUGUACGCCAAUGCGUCGGCUACUUCGACUCUGGUGUGGGCCUAUGAUUGGUACGAGACGACGAUCCGAGUCAGCAAACUGGUGUCCUCAACGUAUCGCGAGAAAUGGAAACUAGCUCGGGAUUGGGACGGGAUCGUGAACAACCGAGCGACAACACGGUGGAAGCGAUAUCAGAAAGGAGAAAAGCUCGACGACUUCUUCUCUGCGCUCAUGGAAGACAGGAACGGUGCUCCGAAUAAUCUCGAAUGGGGAGAAAUCGUAGCUGAAGUGAGCAUCAUGAUGAACGCGGGCUCUGAUACCACAGGGAUUUCCCUGAACAACGUGAUGCUCCUUUUGUUGAAGAAUCCGCAUUGUCUGGAAAAGCUACGAGAGGAGAUCGACGGGGUCCUGGAGGACGAUGAGAUUAUUGCGCCUUAUGGCAAAGUGAAGCAUCUGCCCUAUUUGCGAGCCUGUCUCGAUGAAAACAUGCGCCUAUACCCACCGGUGUCAUUCCAUGUUCCGCGCCGGACACCUCAGGAAGGCACCACUAUCAGGGGUGAAUUCGUGGCAGGCGAUACUUCCGUCGGUAUAUCGGCAUAUGUGGUUCAUCGCAACGAGGACAUAUUUCCAGACCCAGACACAUAUAAGCCUGAGCGCUGGCUCGGUGAGAAGGGUCGUGAUCUUCAGCCGUAUUUUGUUGCUUUCAGUGCGGGCGCUAGAGGGUGCAUCGGUCGUAAUAUUAGUUAUCUGGAACAGACAGUUCUUCUAGCUUCACUUGUGCAUCGCUUCGAAUUCGCUUUGCCGUCGCCGUCCUGGGAGCCGGUCAGACAUGAAACGACAAAUUCUAACUCAGGGCCUAUGCCGCUGAAGGUGUGGAGGCGAGCAAGUAGAGUAUGUGAAGAUAGCUAG